AAAUCAACCCAACCUCUUCUUCCUCCAUCAUCCAACUCCAAACGAAUACCCAAAACGACAACGCACAGAAUCCAGGCCGAGGGUUUCUCCUUCUCGCAUUUUUUUUUCUUCUUAUUAUCCCUACCUUCAACUACUUCUAACCCCAAAAUCACUGCUAAUCCCAUGAAUAAAUUAUCUCCGGUUUGAAAUUCAAUACCUCCCAGGCUUCGAAUGAUGGAAUCGAAGUCGCCUCUGCUCCAUGACAAUUCUGAAAACAAAAAUGCAUUUCGUAAGCCAUCUGGUGAUGCAGCAAAUAGGAAUUAUCGGCGACGAUCACCUGUUGAUGGAUCAGCAUCACCUGAUGGUAGUCCCCAGCUCAAACACAACUCAAGUCCAAACCCAGUGAGGGAAGAUUCUGCACGAGCUUCUCACCACCAUUCAAGGAAAUAUGAUAGCAAGGAACAUGAGCAACAACACUAUGGCAGGAGCAAGGAUUCUUUUAGAAAUUCUGAUAGACAGUCAUCCAGGAGCUCCUAUGGUCACUCUAGGCCUGAUAAACAUGCAGAUGAACAUAGAUACCAUGGGAGGCUGCAUUCCCGAUAUGAGUCAAAGGGUGACCAUUCGAGAGAAGAGGCUGGCAGCAAGACAAAAGACUAUCAACGAACAUUGGACAAGUAUUCACGUGACAAAUAUGAUAGAUCACAUUAUAGAAACAAGGAAAAAGAUAGAGAAACAUAUUUGGAGGAGCAUCAGAAAUAUAGAGAUAAGGAUUCUUCAUAUGACAGAUAUGGAUUUGGUAGGAAGCAUGCUCUGCAUGAUGAUGCCGAGAGGGAGAGGGGUACAAGAGAAAGGGAUGACCGAGAUGAUAGAAGAGGUUCUCACAGAAGUUAUGGUGAUUACAAAAGUGAUCGAGUAGUAUCCUACUCAGAAUCAAGGAGCCAAAGAGAUGAAUCAGGUUCUCAAAGAGAGAGUGGUAAAUAUCGUCUAAAAGAAGCUUGUAGGAGUGAAGAGGAGCUGGAUGGUCAAGACCUUCCACUAGAAGAAAAGAGAAAAUAUGAUGACAGUGAGAUUGGUAAGGACAAGGACCAGAACACUAGAAAGGUAGAUGACCGAUUUGGAAAUGUAGAUAAAGAAUCUUUUGGAAAGAAACCAAAGUUGUUUGGUGUUGAUAAGGAUGACAGUUACGGAAAUGACGAUGAAAAGCAAACUUCAAGUCCGAAGCUUUCACAUGAGAGUAAAGUAGAUUCAAGGGCACCCAAGACCAGUGGUUUUGAUGUUUGCAAUGAUAUAGAUGCUGCCAAAGUUGCAGCCAUGAAAGCAGCUGAGUUAGUCAAUAAAAACUUAGUUGGUGUCGGUUGCUUGACUACUGACCAAAAGAAGAAGCUGUUGUGGGGUGGCAAAAAGAGUUCAACUACAGAAGAGUCUGGCCAUCGCUGGGAUACAGCAUUGUUUUCUGAUCGGGAGCGGCAAGAGAAGUUCAACAAACUCAUGAGUCUGAGGUUGUACUCGUGCCUAUGGCCAAUUGUAGGGUGUGAAAGGCGAAGCCAAAGUGGAGCUGAAAUCCGACAAUCAAAAUGGCAACAACGAGUUACUCCGGGCAGAGAAGCAGAAGGAACUCCAGCUGGACCUGGAGAAACAGUACACUGCCGGCCUUCGACGAAGAGAUGGACGCACUGUUGGAUUAGGUCUUUAGACGGACACUCGGAAGAAUUUGCUUAUUUUGACAUUUGUAAUGUUUUUGAGUAUCACUCCACGGUUAGGAGGUUAUCACUUGUUUGUUUUAGAUAUGUUUGGGAAACUUUGUAUGCUUUGAUGGUGGUAGAACCUCAGGGCAGUUGGUGGAAGCUGCUUGUUAGACAUGCUAUUUGCAUGAAAUUACUUAUGAUUGUCUUUAUAAACUCUGAUACUGGCUUACGUUAUUAUGCUCUUAGAUUUUUUUUUUUCGGGUGGAUUUACCGAAUAACCUAAGCAAAGGGUCAAGAAAGUAUGGGU